AUGCUGCGGUCGGGGUCCGGCAGGAGCCGUGCGUGCCUGGCCCUUGCCCGGCAGUUUGCUUGCUGUGCAGGCAGUGGCGAGGCAGUGGGUGGCCUGCAGUUCCUCCCGCCCCGUCCAGGCACGGUCACCCCGUACGACCAGCACCUGCUCAUCAGCCUGCCCGGUCUGCAUGGGGGUAGGAAUCCAGGCAGUGCCUGGCCCUCCCUCGUGGAGAGGCACCCGGCGGCCUUGCUGGUGUUCUCUGCCCUGGCUCGACACAAGGAACUCAUCAGCUCCAAGGCGGCGGUGCACGCCGUGGCUGACGACGCCCGGGCGCUGCCUUCGCUGGACCGCGCCGUCCGCAUGUGCCAGGCCAGCCCGGCCCCAAAGCUGCACCUCUUCGUGUGCUGCCACGGCGCGCGGGACGCACGCUGCGGGGCCCGGGGGCCCUCGCUGGUUGCCGCGCUGCGCCGCGCUGUGCACGCCGCGGGGCUGGAGGAGAGCGUCGCUGUGGCCGCCACCUCCCACAUCGGGGGUCAUGAGACCGCGGGCAACGUGGUGGCCUACGGCGCGGGCCACCCCUGCGACGGCGACUGGUUUGGAGGGCUGCACGCCGGAGGGGCCGUGGAGUUUCUUCAGGGACUGAGGGCCAUGGAGGUGGGGUGUGAUGGGGGCGCCGAGCACCCGUUGCUGAGGCCCUGGUGGCGAGGACGCCGGGGACUGACCCGGGAGGAGUGUGUCGCACUGUUUGAUCGGGGGGGCGGGGUGGAGGAAGUCGGCGCCCUGGAGCUCGAGGGUGCCGAGGAAGAGGACGACUGGGGGGCGGGACAGGACUGGGAUCAGGGAGACGGGGCGGGGACCUCGCCUGGGGCAGGCACGCAGGGCACAUGA